AACCGAAGCCAGUAGCGGACGGCCGAGUAGCCGGUGUAGCUGCGCUACCAUGAGCGUUGCGUAGUCCUCCGACUGCCCGUGCAUUUUUCUUCACUGUUUGCCAUCGUUAGGUGGUCUGUCUUUUGACCCCCGGUCAGCCGGGGCUUGAAAUGACAUUCCCCGCCUGGACUUGUCCUCGACCGAGCCCCAUCUGCGCCGAUCUGGCCGUCGCAGCAUGUUGAGCCCGAGUCCAGGCGGCGAGUGCGCUCCCCCUGGGCCGGACAGCGCCCCGGGGGACCAGCCCACUGCGGCCGUGGCAAACAGCAAAGAGAAGAAGACGCCCAUGUGCCUGGUCAACGAGCUGGCGCGCUUCAACAAGGUGGCCCUCCAGUACCGGCUGGUCGAGGAGUCCGGGCCGCCGCACAAGAAGAACUUCACCGUGGUGCUCAGGCUCGCCGGCAACGAGGAGUACCAGGCUUCGGGGACCAGCAUCAAGCGUGCCCAGCACGCGGCCGCCCAGCGCGCGCUCGAAGAGACGUCGCUGCCGCGGCCCGUAGCACGCCCGGCAAACCACGCUCAGGCGCCCCUGACGCCGACGGUGGAGCUGAACGCGCUGGCAAUGAAGCGGGGCGAACUGGCCACCUAUCGGGUCGUGGAGCUUCCGCAGCUGGCCUACUUGCCCCCCCUCAACUUUCAGGGGAUGUACCCCCCGCGCUAUCGGCCCCUGGGCCCGGUCCCCACCAGCUUCUCGGCGAGCCUGGAGGUGGGCUCCCGUCGGUUUCACGGGGAAGGUCCAACGGAGCAGGCGGCGCGCCAUGCGGCGGCGCAGCAGGCCCUGUCCCUGCUGCGGGGCCUACCUCCCCGGCCGCCCCCCGACCCCGUUCCCGCUGACCUGGGGGAGGCCCCCGGGGACCAGCUCAAGUCGCCUGUCAGCCUCGUGCAUGAGCUCGCUCUCAAGAGGGGACUCUCUGUCUCCUUCCAGGUGGUGCAGGAGAGCGGGCCCCCGCACAUGCGCACGUUUCGCACCCUGUGCACGGUGGGGGAGCUGAGUGCGGAGGGAGAGGGCAAUGGCAAGAAGGCCUCCAAGAAGCGGGCUGCCCAGGGGCUGCUGGAGCAGCUGCGCCAGCUGCCGCCCCUCGAGCCGCCGGCUGGGGCCCUGCCGCCACCGGGAACGCUGCUCCGCCGCAGAGCCCCGCCCAAAAAGAGGGCCCGCAACCUGGUGCGGGAACAGCGCGUCGCCCCGACCCCCUGCGAGGUGAACCCGAUCUCCCGGCUCAUCCAGAUCCAGCAGGCGAAGAAAGAGCCCGAGCCCAGCUACUCCCUUGUCUCCGAGAGGGGGGAUCCCCGCCAGAGGGAGUUUGUGCUGCAGUGCGUGCUGGGUGCGCUGACCACCCAGGGGGCCGGCCCGAACAAGAAGACUGCCAAGCGACUGGCCGCCGAGGCCAUGCUCCAGAAGCUGGGCUACUCGAGGCCACCGCAGGGGCCGCAGCCGCAGGGCCAGUCCCCGACCCCUUCGAGCGGCGGCGAGGCCCCCGUGCGGCCGGAAGAGGUGCCCCCGAACCCUCGGGGGGGCCGGCAGCUGGUGCCAGGCCUGCUGCUGGUCCCCGCCACCAACCAGGGUCUGGGAACUGCCAGCGACGGGGGGGAGAGUGCAGGAGACCUGCAGGCCAGCUCGGCCAUCGCCAAGGAGCUGCUGGACCAAGGGGUGUCCCCCACGGCCGAGGCCCUGCGCCAGGCGGCGCCCUUGACUGUGGCCCCCGUGCGUCCGAAGCAGCAGCUGCUCUACCUGGCCGAGGUUUUGGGCUUCCAGGUGCACUUCACGGACUUCCCCAAGGGUAACAAGCGGGACUUCCUGUCGCUGGUGACACUGACGACGUGCCCGCCCCAAGUGAGCCACGGAGCAGGGUCCUCCCUCGAAGCAUCCCACGACGAGGCGGCCCUGGCCGUGCUGCGCACUCUGGCACGCCGGGGGCUUGACGCGCUGGGACAGCCUGCCAAGGAACAGCAGGAGCCGCUCAGACUGCGACAAUAAAGCUGGGGAAGUGCCCCGCAAUGAAACUGC